AUAUAAAUAUAAUAGGUUGAGCGAAUUGGGAGACGGGAGAGCAGAGCCGACGCGUGAUUUGAUCGGGCUAGAUCUAUUCAAACCCUAAUUUUAUUGUUUUGUUUUUGUUGGGUUGAAAUCAUGUUUUUCGAAUUGAUUUUUCAAUUGAUCAUCUGUUCAAGUUGUUCUUCUCAUCAAUCUCGGUUCGUUCCGAUCUAGCGGUAGGUUUUGGAUCGGAAUGGCGACGGUUAAUCACCGUUCGCCUAGUCCAACUAGUUUCAAGGGCGAUAAUACCUACGAGUUCCCGCCGAAGAAUCAUCUGUGUGCUUGGGCUGCAGUCGUCCGAGGCGAGCCGGAAUUGAUCUCUCAGUCUCCUUUAUCUUCGUCAUCAUCUUUCUCUACAGUUUCUGCUCCAGAAACACCAGAAACCCCAGCUCCUGCUCCGACGUCUGAUUUCUUUGCAUCUUCUGAAGAGGGUGGUCCUGUAAUGGGGGCAGACUCUUGGCCCGAUCUUGCAGAGUCCGCGAAGGCUUCUCCUAAAUUAGCAGGACCUACCAUUGUACCCCCUCAGCGGCAAGCUACAAAUAAUGCCAAAUCGGACCCCAGUCUGAAACAUCCAGUUGUUGCUCGACAAAGAUCCUCGAGGCGGUCUGGAGGUGGUGGCAGCUCAAUGGGAGGGCCUGCACGAGGCUUUUAUCGCCCUCCACCGCCACCGCCACCACCUUUUCCUGUGUUUCAAAUUCCAUGUAGUAUGAUGCCGGCAAUUCCUGAUCCUUCUCAUGGAGAACCAUUAUUCAGGAGCAAUAAUCGGCAUCCACGGGCUAUUGCAGGCUUUGUUCCUCAGACAAAUUUUGUUUCUGAUUACCCAAACUUCUUUCCUAGGGGGAAUUUAGCUCUCCAUCCUCGUGGUAAUGGUCACUACCAAAACAAUCGUGGGGGAAAGCAGCGUGAUCAAGAUCGCGGAGUAUAUUCUAAUGCUCGAGAUGCUCACUUUCGGCAGCACAGGCCCCCUACUAGAGGCUUGAUGCCCCCUACGCCACCUUACACUGCUCAGUUUCCCCAGCCUGUUUUACCUUAUGGGAAUCCGAUGCAUCCUCCUGAGUUUGUCUAUGUCCCUACAUGGCCCUUAGAGACUUACAGAGGAAUGCCUUUCAUGCUACCGCCUUCAGUGUACUAUUCUGCUGUUGAUCCCACUCUAUCUGCAUCACUAGUUAAGCAGAUUGAAUAUUAUUUCUGUGACACGAAUUUGAUAAUGGAUGGAUAUCUAAGGUGCCGGAUGGAUGAUCAAGGCUGGGUUCCAAUUUCUCUGAUAGCCAGUUUUUCUAGGGUAAAGAAUUUGACGACCAAUAUUCAAUGGAUAAUAGAAUCCUUGAGAACGUCGACUGUAUUGGAAGUGCAGGAUAAUAGGAUCAGAAAGCGAAAUGAGUGGAAGAAAUGGAUAAUAAAUUCCAAUCAGCUUAGAACUGAUUUGACCUCUUCUACUCCAAGUGGAUCAGAUCAUGAUAGUCUGGCAACUUCUUUUCAAGGAGUCAGAUUGGAUGAAGGUAUAAACCAAAGUACGCCAAGCGACACCGAUCCUCGUAAUACCAAGAGUACUACCAAGAUACAAUCUUCUUCUGAGUCAGCUGAUUCUUCACAACUUACUAAUGGGGAGGUGAAUCAGGAUGUUCAGACUGAUAUCUGAUUAAUUUUUUCUCCCGGAGGUUUUAGCACUUGCUUAUUAGGAUCAUAUACGUCUACUUACAUGGUUUUGGCAGUUUAAAAGAGGCUAGUUUUUGGGGGUACGAAGAGUAUUUAUUUAUUAUUCCAAAUAUAAGAAAAGAAGUAUAGGUUGGAAGCUCUAAUCUUUGAGGUUAUCAUUUAGUUUUCUGGUGCUUUCUGAGUGACAUUAGUGACUCUAGUACAUAACAUUCAUUGAACUAGUUCCUGAAUCAUCAGUGACCAUUUUUUGGAGGGAAUGUCCCUUGAAUUUUAAUGCUUGCAAAUUUUGGUUGAUUUUGCUUACGAUA